AUGUCAUUCCUCCAGUAUUGUUUCGACAAAUGUGUCGCGGUUCUUUUCCGCACCGUGACUGCAUUUCUCAGUUACAUGAGACGUGGAGCACCCAAAGCCUACCCCGACGAAGUGCGCUAUAUCCCUUCUCGCGAUGCUAGCCGAACCAUCAAGGUUCAUGUUUACCGCACAUCAUCUGCCACAGGUCCAUCACCGGUUCUGAUCAACUUCCAUGGCAGUGGGUUCAUACUUCCCGUCCAUGGCGCUGAUGAUGAGUUCUGCCGUCAGAUGAGUCGGGAGACCAAGUGCACUGUCCUGGACGUUCGAUACCGUCUGGCUCCGGAGAACCCUUUCCCUGCUGCAUUAAAUGAUGUCCAGGAUUCUAUCAACUACGUUCUAGGCCGUCCAGAUGAAUUUGACACAUCGCGUGUCUCACUUUCUGGUUUCAGCGCAGGCGGAAACCUCAGUCUCUCUGCAUCUGCCAAUCUCUUUCCUCAAGACACUUUCCACUGCGUGAUCGCCAUUUACCCAGUGACUGAUCUCUACACCAACGCACAUGACAAGGUUGCUCCCAACCCUCUUGAGAAGAAGCAGAUCCCGCCGCGUGUAGCUCGCUUCUUUGAUCGCUGCUACGUACCGGCGAGCUUUGAUCCUUGCGAUCCCCGUAUUUCCCCUAGCUUCGCGCCUGUGGAUCAGUUCCCGCGCCGGAUUCUCAUGAUCACCACGGAUGGUGAUACUCUCGCUCCAGAGGCCGAGACUUUAGGCAGUGAACUGGCCAAGCGACCCGGUUCACAAGUUGUCAUGGAGCGCAUGGUAGGAUGCUGGCACGGCUGGGACAAGACUACGAAGCCCGGAUCCCCGCAACAAGAAGCCAAAGAGCGGGCUUAUCGGAUGGCCGUGGAGAUGUUGAAUGAGUGA